UAAGAAGCCACUCGACAAUCAUACGGAGAAAGAAGUAGGAGAGCUGGGGGAUGGAAGGAGCCGCUUCGUUGGUUCUUCCGCUCAUCGGAAUCGUCGCCGUGGCCGCCGCCACCUUCUACGCUGUCAGCUUCACGGAGCUUCGCGAGAAGUCGUUCAGGGACUUGGACGAAGCAGAGGAGAAAGGAAGCGGCGGCGGCGGGUUCAGGUCCUCGGCGAGCUCCAGAGAGCGCAGAGCUAGAAGAAAAGCCGAGAAAGAAGCCAGGAAAUGAAUAUUCUUCUUAAUUUCGCAAAGUCUGAAGUAGAUCUUCGAUCGUUUACAUCUUCUAUCUAAUUUAUCUGAAUAUGCUCGCAAGCUAAGAAUUGUCUGAUCCAAUCAAUAAUUGUUCAAACAUAACUUUUUUAUUCAUACAACUUUGUUACCAGAGGCUUUCUUGAUUGGCUUAGGAAGUAAAAA